AUGGCCUACGACCCUUCAGGCGGCUACGCUGCCGCCGCCAGCAAUGUCCAGGACUCCUUCGACCCCUCGCUACCUGUAUUCGAUGUCCAACGAGUCCAACUCCGCUUCGACAUAUCCUCCGAUUUCGUCGCUGCUCAAGUCGCCAACAAUGUUCUGAUUCUGGCCCUCUCUACUGGCCGCAUUCUGCGAUUCGAUCUUGACAGCCCCGAGGACAUUGACGACAUUGAUCUUCCCAAGAAACCCUCCGAGAUUGGUGUCAUUCGCCGUCUGUUCCUGGACCCUUCAGCCUCUCAUCUCGUCAUCUCGACCACUCAAGGCGAGAACUACUAUUUACACACUCAAUCCCGCACGCCGAAGGCUCUAGCUCGUCUGAAAGGCGUUCAAAUCGAGUCAAUUGCCUGGAACCCUUCACAGCCCACUGCCUCGACCAGGGAGAUCCUGAUAGGCGCAUCCGACGGCAACAUCUACGAAACAUAUAUCGAACCUAGCACCGAGUUCUAUAGAAGGGAGGAGAAAUACUUGAAGACCCUAUACAACGUUCAGGAUGGCCCGGUUGUUGGUUUGUCUGUGGAUCUCUCCUCAGACGCUCGUAGCGUUCUAGUAGCAACACCCACCAAGUUGCUAUUGUUCGUCGGUAAAGGUGGUCGCCAGGACAGUGGUUCAAUCUAUCCCAGAUUACUCGAGCGAGAAACCCCUGUGAUACAUAACCUCAAGGACGCAACCCCCGGUCCCUCGACCUUGGUCACUAUUUCCGAGCCAGCAGAUGCAGCACUUUCUGAAUCCGCUCAAGAGAACGUCUUCGCUUGGCUCAACUCUCAGGGUGUCUUUCAUGGAGACUUCGCUGCUAUGGUUCAAUCUGCAGAAACGAGUCCCUUCUCCGCAGCAAAACUAUUGCCAAAAUCCGUCAUACCACCGUCUCAAACAUCCGGAGGUCGCAACAAGCCUUCAGUGGAACCCACUUCAUCUAUCGCUCUGACGCAGUUUCACAUUCUCCAUCUGGUUGAAGGUCGAGUGGUCGCCAUCAACAGACUUGAUGGCAGCCUUGUUUAUGAUCAGCUCGUCCUGGAACCCGGUAACGCCCCGCUAGGCCUCUAUGCAGAUCACAAGAAGAACACAUAUUGGCUGUUCACGCAGCGUGAGAUCUUCGAGGUCGUUGUCACUGAUGAAGCCAGAGAUGUUUGGAAGAUUAUGCUCAGAAAUGAGCAGUUCGAUGCAGCAUCGCGCUAUGCGAAGACUGCCGCUCAAAAAGAUGCCGUUGCCACCGCAUCUGGUGAUCAUCUCGUUUCUCGAGGUCGUUUCUCGGAAGCAGCAACUGUGUAUGGCAGAAGUACCAAGCCUUUUGAAGAGGUCGCUCUCACUUUUAUCGACCAAGGAGAACAGGAUGCCCUGAGAAAAUAUCUGUUAACAAAGCUGUCUGUUCUCAAGAAAUCCUCAACCAUGCAAAGAGUCAUGGUUGCGAGUUGGUUGGUCGAGCUUUUCAUGGCCAAACUGAACCUUCUGGAUGACACUAUCUCGGCAAAGGCAGAACUCUCAGAAGCGGCUCCUAUUGCAAAUGUGCAAGAAGAUCUCCCUUCAAUGCGACGUGAGUUUCAGGAGUUCGUUACUAAAUACAGGUCCGACCUCGAUAGGAAGACAACCUACGAAUUGAUCAGCAGCCAUGGUCGCGAAGAAGAGCUGCUCUACUUUGCCAAUGUUAUUGACGACUACAACUACGUCCUGUCUUACUGGGUGCAGAGAGAACGAUGGCAAGAAGCCAUGUCGGUCCUCAAAAAGCAGACAGAUCCGGAAAUUUUCUAUCAAUACAGCAGUGUACUCAUGACCCACGUUGCUGUCGAUCUUGUAGAAGUCAUGAUGCGACAGAACAAUCUGGAAGCAAACAAACUCAUCCCUGCCCUACUCAACUACAACAAGACAGCAGACGUACCGCUAAACCAAAACCAAGCCGUGCGCUAUCUUCAAUUCUGCAUCAAUCAGCGCCACUCAACAGAGACUGCUGUUCACAACACCGUGGUCUCGAUAUAUGCUGCGCAUCCCACGCGAGAUGAGACUGCACUGUUCCAAUACCUCCAAACACAGAGUGCCGCUCACGAGCAAAACUACGAUGCAGACUUCGCUCUUCGUCUGUGCAUUGCUCACCAGCGCGUUCAAUCAUGUGUGCACAUCUACUGCACCAUGAAUCAAUAUGCCCAAGCUGUAGACAUGGCACUCAAGCACGACCAAGUGGAUCUAGCUGCUAAUGUAGCUGACCGGCCUGGAAACGACCCUGCACUACGCAAAAAGUUAUGGUUGAAGGUGGCCAAGAAGGUCAUCGGUCAAAGCAAGGGCAUCAAGGCCGCCAUGGAGUUCCUCAAACGCUGCGAAUUAUUGCGCAUCGAGGACCUGAUACCUUUCUUCCCCGACUUUGUGGUCAUCGAUGAUUUCAAGGAAGAGAUUUGUGCCGCCCUUGAGGAAUACUCGAGACAAAUUGAGGGGUUGAAACGAGAGAUGGACGAAAGCGCCAAUACUGCGCAGCAUAUCAAGGAAGACAUCAAGUCUCUUGACCAACGGUAUGCGAUAGUUGAGCCUGGCGAGAAGUGUUGGAGUUGCAGGCUUCCCCUGUUGAUGCGCCAAUUCUUCGUGUUCCCUUGCCAGCACUCUUUCCACGCUGAUUGCCUUGGCAAGAUGGUCUUGCAGAGUGUCGGGAUGGGUAAAAGUAAGCGCAUCAAGGAGCUUCAGACCGAAGUCGGACGAGCUGUUGUCACAGGAAAGAAACGAGAGCGCAUGGUCAAGGAGUUGGACGCCCUAGUCGCAGGCGCUUGGUAA